UAUAUUAUAGCACGUUCCCUAACUUCACAGGAGCCAUCCUCCAUAUAUAUGUAUGUCAUGAGAUAAGCGUAGCAGCAAGUACAUCAUCACCACCAUGUUGCCAGAAGCACUUCUUCUGGUGACUCUUUUGAACAUGAAUGUUGCAUCAUCAUCAUCCAAUAUCAUCAAAACCCUUCCCGGCUUUCGCGGUGACCUCCCCUUUAAGCUUGAAACUGGGUACGUGGGAGUGGGCGGCAUGGAUGAUGUGCAGCUGUUUUAUUACUUCUUUGAGUCUGAAGGGAGUCCAGAGUAUGAUCCUCUUGUGCUUUGGCUCACUGGAGGUCCUGGUUGUUCUGCCUUCUCUGCCAUUGUAUAUGAAAAUUUAGGUCCAUUAUCCUUUGACUCUGCACAUUCCAUUGGCAACAAGCCAAAAUUAAAGUUGAAUCCAUAUUCAUGGACAAAGGUUGCCAACAUAAUAUUUUUAGACGCACCUGUGGGCACAGGAUUCUCAUAUGCAAAAAACUGGGAAGGAUAUACCAAUCUCAAUGACACAAUAUCAGCCGCACAAACAUAUCAAUUUCUUAGAAAGUGGCUUAUGGAUCAUCCCAAGUUCUACAAUAAUCCACUUUACAUUGCCGGAGAUUCUUAUUCAGGCAUAAUUGUUCCGAUGCUCGUUCAGGAAAUAUCAGAUGGUAAUCAAGAUGAACAUGCGCCACCGAUGAAUCUCAAAGGAUAUGUGCUUGGCAAUCCACUGACAGAUUCUGAAAAGGAUGACAAUUCUAGAGUUCUAUUUGCUUACCUGAAAGCACUUAUAUCAGAGGAACUAUACCAGUCAAUGAAAAUAAACUGCAAGGGAGAUUAUAUCAAUGUGGAUCUAAACAACACGUUAUGUGUGGAUGAUCUUGAACUUUACAACGAGUGUAUCGAAGACAUAAAUGAUGUACAGAUAUUGGAACCUGUAUGUACUGUCCAUUCGCCAAAACCAGCGCAGUCAAAGGGGUAUGCAGAUGAUCGCACUAAUAAGGACUCUGUAAAUCUCCUCCUUUCUUUUCCUCAACUUCGUAGGCCAUGGUGUCGGAGUUACGCAUAUCUCCUCUCUUAUAUUUGGGCAAAUGACAAAACUGUCCAAGAAGCUCUUCAUAUUCAGGAGAAUCAGGGAAGCAUUAAGGAAUGGGAAAGAUGCAAUAAGACCUUACAAGAAUUCUAUAUAUCUGAUGUUUCCUCUAGUCUUGUCUAUCAUGAGAACCUCAUUAAACAAGGCUAUAGAGUUUUGGUUUACAGUGGUGAUCAUGACAUGAAUGUUCCAUAUGUGGGUACUAUGGGUUGGAUAGAAUCUCUGAACUUGACGGUUGACAGUCAUUGGAAGCCUUGGUUCGUCGACGGACAGGUUGCGGGAUACAGAGUGCAGUACACAUACAAAAAGUACCAGUUGACAUAUGCAACUAUAAAGGGAGCGGGUCACACAGCUCCAGAGUACAAACCUGAAGAAUGCUUUGCUAUGAUUAGUAGGUGGUUGGCAUACUACCCUCUUUAGGUCCAGUUUGGGAUUGCUGUCACUUUUUAAAAAAGUUUCUUCUGAUGUGCUUUGAAAAUAAUUAGUUGUAAAGUAAAACAACUCCAUGUUUGGUAAAUAAUAUUUUUAAAGUGUUGUUAGUAUAAAAAGCAGUGUAAAAAACGUUUGAUAAAUUUUAAUAUAAAAUUGUUGU